AUGGCUCCGUUUGGCACCAGCUGCCCGGCGGUACCUGGGCUCCACCAGCGCAGUGGACCGUGGUCACCCCCUGGAGAGCAGACCGGCCACCGCGCAGGAGUCUGGCCCCCGAGUCCAGCCCUGUGUCUCACCGCCCUGGUGAAGGGGCUCAGCCUUCCUGCCGUGAAGGCCCCCGCCACAGAGGGACCGCGGACCUCGGCCCCGCCCCGCUUCGUGUGGACCUCCGCAGCGCCUCCCUCCCCUCCCCGUGGGGGGGAUUCCCAAACCCCACUCCGCCUCCAGGACUCAGAAACCAGCCACGGGACAAAGAGUGGGGAGAGUACAGGCGUCGACCUCCCCUCUGGGCAGGAGGCCCCCGGCCCUCUGCCCUCCCCGGCCUUCAGCCUCAGCCUCUCUGGCACUUUCCUCCCCACCGCCAGCUCCCGGGCCCCAGAGCGGCUCGAGGCCGAAAGGUCCCCCACCAGGGGCAGGGAGGACAGACAGGCACCGAGGAAAGGCCUCUGGACCUCAGGCCCUGGGGAGCUUGGCCCCACAUCUCCUCCCCACAACUUCACUCCACGUGCGUUAGUGACAGGCCUCGGAGGGGUGCGAGUCCUGGACCGGCCCGCGCCCUCAGAGGGCGGCAGCGUCCGUGCUCCUCUGCAAGGAGCCCCAGCCCCAGGCCCCGGGCAGGCCCAAGCCCCCCGCCUCCGCCUCGCGGGCGGCCGGCUCAAGAACCCAGCCCUCCGCUCCCCGCCUGCCCCUCUCCAUAUCCGUGGCCACCCUCAGGCCAGCCGGAUGCGGGAGGGACACGCCCUGUGGGACGGGGUCGGGGUCAGGACCCAGGACACAGAAGCGCUCGCUCAGCGGCCGGCCCUGCCUCUGGUCUCUCCUCCUGGAAGACCGCCCUGCGUGGGAGAGCCCGCCACCGGCCCCUCGCGGUGGGCCAGGGCCAGGCCCGAGGCAGGCAGCUACGAACUCCGGGGGCCCAGCCCCGCUGCCCCUCCCCAGGCCGCUGCGGGGGGCGGGGGGGCGGGGGCCGGCCUCCGGGCAGCGGGCAGCGUGCAGACGCAGGCUCCGUUGUCAACACCUGAGGGCAGAGCGCCAGUCCCCAGCUCCCACCUUCCUGGGCCCUGGGGGCCCUGGAAUCUGCCCCGCACGGGCUGCGCUCAGGCUCAGAGGUCUCACCGGGACCUGCGCCUCGGCCCAGGGCAGGCGAACAUACUCCUGGUCCCUUUUUGGGCCAAGAGGCCAGAGGCCUCCUCCAGAGGCCAGGGCCGGGCCCACCCUGCCUGCCGGAACCUUGCAGAGAAGGGCUGGGAGCACCCGGAUGACAGGGCGAGCCCGGAGCCCACGCCCUGGGCCUGGCUCUGGAGGAGGCGGCUCCGUGGCAGCACCCUGGGCGAGGCCAGGCCUGGGGGAUGGGUGGGCCCGCUAGCUGAAGCUCCCAGGAAGUGGCAAAGCCGCACCUCUCUUCCCUGGAAAAGGAACAAGCCCGGCUUCCCCCGCGGCAGCGGGGAGGCCAGCGCUGUCCCACCAGCGAAGGAACAGAGGGGCCCAGGCAGGCCCCACCCCAGGGCUGACGGGGAGCUUGGCAGGGCCUGCGAUGCGGCCAGCGAGCUCAGGGAGCUGCCCAUCCUCCGGGGCCCACUGCUUCGCCCGCCGCAGCCCUGCCCCGCCCGUUCUGCCAGUGCCCGCUCUGUCCGCUGA